AUGACGACCUGCAAUUGCACCCCUGCAAGAGACCACGAUCCCGAGCUUAUGCGAGAUGUACUCCCUCAGCGUCCUGCCGAUGUGGACGAGAUCUUGGCUACGCACCUGUUUCCUGGCAUAUACCCCUCACUCUACUUCGGAAGGGGCAUGUCUAUCGACGCGCUCCGGACAAGCAGUGUGGAAGAAGUCGCAAACGCGAUGGAUGAUGGCGGCUGGGACACACCGUUCGACAAGUGGCCCGAUCACGAUCCUCAAGAUACGGAAUUCAAGAAAAUCAUAGCCCUCGAGUCGGCAGACGAUCCUUAA